AUUAGAUUCUUUUAAAAAGAUAAUGAGAUUGAUAUUUAUCCGUUCAUAAAUCAUAACAGCAACUUAGGUAGGCUUGUUACUUGUUAUGGCACUCGGAUAUUUUUGCAAUACAAAGAUUUCAACAUACCAUCAUCGUCAUGCGAAAGAAGCACUAGUGGAGUUGAGAAGCCGCAUCGAAAACGUGAAGAGCCUCGUUAGCAACACUUUGAAGCUUCCUUCCCUAUCUUCUUCCUCUUCUUCUCCGCUUCAAUCUCUUCAAAGAGGCAACUGGGUUAAGCUCAUUUGUGGUGCAAGCUUUGAGGAUGUUGUUGAUAUCAGAAAUCUCAGUCUGGUUUACACUCUUUCUGGAGUUGACUGCAUUGACUGUGCUGCUGAUGCAUCAGUGGUUAGCGCUGUGAACGAAGGAAUUUUAGCCGCAACAGAAAUUGCAGGUCUUCACAAAAAGCCUUGGGUUAUGAUCAGUGUCAGUGAUGAUAAAGAUCUUCAUUUUCGCAAAGCCGAAUUUGAUCCAGAAGACUGUCCAGCAGAUUGUUCUCGCCCUUGCGAAAUUGUGUGCCCUGCUAAUGCAAUAUCAUUCCUAGGGAAAUCAGCAUCUGGAACUUCAUCUAAUACGGAAUUACCAAGAGUGCUAAUGGAUGGAGUCAUAACAGAACGCUGCUACGGUUGUGGCCGUUGCCUUCCGGUUUGCCCCUAUGACAAAAUAAGAGAGGUAACAUAUGUAAGAGAUGCCGCGACAACUGCUGAUCUCCUCAGGAGAAAUGAUGUUGAUGCUAUGGAGAUACAUACAAGUGGGAGGCAGAGUGCACAAUUCAAAGAGCUCUGGUGUGCUUUAGGGGAUUCAGUAGAAAACUUAAAGUUAAUAGCAGUUAGCUUACCUAAUGGUGGAGAUUCAACAAUAUCCUCUAUGAAUGAGAUGUUCUCCAUUAUGAAACCAAAUCUUCAAUGCUUCAACUUAUGGCAGUUGGACGGCCGGCCGAUGAGCGGAGACAUCGGGAGAGGAGCAACCAAGGAAACAAUCGCCUUUGCUAUCGAAUUGGCAAAAGCGAAAAACCGACCUCCCGGUUUCCUUCAACUUGCUGGUGGCACUAAUGCUCACACAAUUGAUGGAUUGAAAAAAAAAGGACUAUUUCAAACAACAUCUAUUGCAGUCGAUUCGUCGAAUUCGCCAGACGCCUUAAUUGGCGGUAUAGCUUACGGAGGCUAUGCACGGAAGAUUGUUGGUAGAGUAUUGAGAUCAAUGCAAUCUGAAUAUGGUGGAGCUGCUAGAGUAGAGGAUCAUCCUCAACAUCUUUUGAUGGCUCUUAAGGAAGCACUUGCUUUAGUUGGACCUGUUAAAUGUUUAUGAUCUCCAUAACUUGUUGACAAUCACAAUCAAUGGUUGGUAGGAACUUGUUAAAAAGGAUAAAAGGAAUGUCAUAAGAACGCAAUAAUAAUAUUUAAUUAUUUUAUUGA